AUGAGUGUUUCCAAGCUCGCCGCGUUUGGCAUCCGCCAUGUAGCCAAAGGAAUUGGUCGUCUGUCUACAGAAGUCAUCGAGAGCGGCUCAGGCAGCUAUGUCACAAUGACUUCAGGGAAGAAGAUGCUCGAUUUCACCUGCGGCAUUGGCGUGGCCAACCUAGGCCACUGCCACCCAGCUGUCACCAAAGCCGCUCAAGCCCAAGCUGGGAAAAUUGUCCAUGCUCAAGUCAACAUCGCCUUCCAAAGGCCGUAUCUCGAGCUCAUCGAGUCCCUUUUGCCCCUGAUGCCCCAUAAAUCCCUGGACACCUUCUUCUUCUGGAAUUCUGGCUCAGAAGCGGUCGAAGCUGCGGUCAAGCUGGCCCGGCAUGCGACUAAGAAGCAGAACAUUAUCGUCAUGCAAGGCUCCUACCACGGACGCACCUUCGGGACCAUGGCGAUGACGCGGUCAAAGACUAUCUACAGCGAGAACUAUGCCCCGCUGAUGCCCGGAGUGUUUGCUGUGCCAUUCCCUUACUGCGCACAAUGUUCAAUCGCUUCUCACACCGGCAAACAUGGCUUUGACAACUGCUGCAUGGAUCCCGUCGCCCAGUUGGAACUCCUCCUUAAGAGGGAGACUGCUCCAUCAGAUACCGCAGCCAUAUUCAUCGAGCCUGUGCUCGGAGAAGGCGGAUAUGUCCCCGCACCGCCGGGCUAUCUUGCCCGUGUCCGAGAAAUCUGUGACAAGAACAACAUUCUCCUCGUCACGGACGAAGUGCAGUGUGGAUUUGGUCGGACUGGGAAGAUGUUCGCCAUCGAGCACUGGGGAGUCCGGCCGGACAUCAUGGUCAUGGCCAAGGGCAUUGCGAACGGAUUCCCGCUGUCCGGAAUCGUGUCACGGAAGGAGCUGAUGGACACGCAGAAGCCAGGGUCCAUGGGCGGGACGUACGCCGGCAACGCCGUCUCCUGCGCGGCCGGCGUCGCCGUGGCAAAGGCCUUCAAGGACGAGAGGGUCUUGGAGAAUGUGAAUGCCCGAGGGCAAGAAAUGGCCGACAUGCUGGCAAAGACAAAAGCGGAUUUUGGCCACAUGAUCCACGACGUGAGAGGCCUCGGGUUGAUGCAGGCGAUGGAGUUCGUGUCUGGCAAGGGCAUUGCCUCCAAGGUGCAGGCCAAGUGUAUGGAAAAGGGCAUGCUAGUCCUCACUACCUCAAUCUACGACACCUUGCGAUUCAUCCCACCCUUGAACAUCUCAAAGGAUGACAUGGCAAAGGGCCUAAGUAUCCUCGGCGAAGCCGUCGAAGAGGUGGCCGCUGGCGAACAGCCCAAGGAGACUAGGACAAAGGGUCAGGCACCAGAGUAG